UGGUAUAUCCAGAAAGGGAGGGGAAGGAGAGAGAGAGAGGGAGAGAGAGAAAAAGGAAGCUCACCGAUAAGUUUUUGUGUAUAUUUCUCCAAAGUUACACAAACUUUCAUAAAGCUAAAGGUAUGUUUGGAGGCCUUGUGGGGAUCAACAUGCUGAGGAGAGAGAUCUGAAGGGAAGGACGGACACCAGUUUGUCAGCAGUUGUGCACAGCUGAUGACAACAUCAAAUAUUAACACUUUUUAAGGCCUUGGGCCUCGAGUGACUAUACAGAGUGUCCAAAGUAAAGAAAAAGUAAAAGGACGUGUGGAUUUAGCCACUUCCUCUUCUGAUCCCUCAGAUCCUGCACGGAGAGAAAGAGAAACAAUGUCCUCUGACCUGGACUCCAGUCUCACCAGCAUUGACUGGCUGCCUCAGCUGGGAAUCAGCAGCCUGCGCUCGGGGAGAGAAAGAAGAGGAGCAGGAGGAGGGGAGAGGGACAAGAAGAAAGACAGAGGGAGGGAGAGGGGAGACUUCCUGCCCUCUGUGCCAGACCCCUCUCCUUCCAACUGCAAAGGGAAACCCCCUCACAGUUAUGCCACUCUCAUUGCCAUGGCAAUAGCAGCUGCACCUGAGAGGAAGUUGAGUUUGAAUGACAUCUACACCUGGAUCAGUGACACUUUCCCCUACUACAGCCGAGCCGGACGUGGAUGGAAAAACUCCAUUCGGCAUAAUUUGUCACUAAAUAAAUGCUUCAGGAAAGUUCCUCGGCCACAGAAUGACCCCGGCAAGGGUUCCUAUUGGACGAUGGAUGGACCUGCAGAAGGGAAUCAAGUGAGGGCACCUAAACGUCCCUAUCCAGAGGAGGAAGAGGAGAGGCAGGAUGGGACACAAGCAGCGAGAGGACCCUCUCCUCAUCAACCACAACCAACCUCCCACACAGACCACCAGCUUCUAAAUACAGAGCCACUGGGAGGCAUCCAGUCACCCCAGUCUGCCUCCCUCUCUCCUCCUCCAUGCAAGCAACAGUCACCCUACAUGCCAAGCCCCGUGUCCAGUCUCUCUGUCCCUCAUCCGUCUGUCUCUCCUUCAGCUGGACUCCAACCUGCUGCCCCCAUGUCCUCUAUCAAUUCUUUCCCCCAUGCUCUUCCAUCUGGCCCCACUUUUUCCAUGCCCUCUGCUUCGGCUACACCUCUGUGUGCUGCCAAUAUGUCUACAGCUUCUCCUGCUGCUCCCUCUUUCUCUGAUGCCUUUCCCGCUAACUCGGAACCCGUGUGCAUCUCCACCUACUCCUGCGCUCCAAACUCAGUGCCUGUGUCUGUAUGCACUGUGUCAGGACCCACUCACUCUUCAGUAUCUGCUGUCCCUUCAUCUGUCGCCGCCCCCCCAGUUGUCUUAUUAAACUCCUCCACCGAUCCUCCGCUCCGCUUCACCUUUGACGAGCUGAAUUUACCCGACUUGUACGCCUCUUUCAAGUCUCUGGUCAAGACCAUGCGGGAGAGGGGAGGCUCACAGUCGGAUGUCAUUCCCCUGGCUGUUCUGAGCAAUGACACUACCCCGCUUCACACUCCAACUCUGCUGCCAAUGUCUCCUCAUCCUGCACCUGCACCACCUCCACCAGCCGCACACCCUCCUGAGACAGAGCGCGUAACACAUCACACUGUGCCACCUGACUGGUUCAGUAACCCAGAUUCUCUGAAGGAGAGCUUCCGCAUUGCCAGCAAUCUAGACUGGGCAAACAUAGACCUCUCUGGUCACCCAGACCUGCUGGAGAGUAUGCGCCAGGCGGAGCUCUGCGACUGGGCCCUGGACCCAGCGCUCUUCACUUCCCUCUGUGACUCUCUGAACCGCUUCUUCACUCAGAAAGGCAUGAUCACCUCUGGGAGUAACUCCCCACUAGCCCUCGGCGCACCUCACUCCUUACAGGUCCCACAAUUCACCACCAAUCCUCCUCCUACCCUCGCCAGCCUCACUCACCCCUCACCCCUCCCCUACUCUCCCAUAGUUCCUCUUGCCAGCGGAGCGCAGCCGCCCCGGAGGUCUCUGCAGAUGCAGAGUCAGGGACUUCAAAGACCACAGUUAACACAACCUGCAAGCACAACAGCUGGGAUGCAGCCUCAGCCUCAGUCUAUGACACCACGACAGCGUCCUCCAUUAAAGAGUCUGCAUAGCAACAGUGAGGAGAUCCAGGAUGACUUUGAUUGGGAUUCUCUGCUCGUUUGACCCCCACUGAUGGAGCGGAGAAACGUUUAUAACAGAACUUUUCAGAAAAAUGUGGCCCUUCAGUCAUCUUCACUAAGCUCUACACCGAAGCCGUCCAGCUGUUGUGGAUCUUGAAGCGUCUCUGAGAGCAUGUUUGGGAUCAAGUAUGACUGAAUGCUGUAUUUCAAGGUUGAAAAAGAUGUAUGUUUUUUCACCUUUAUUCAAAUUCAUAUGCUGUAGUAACUUUUGUUUAGCUUAUCUUCUCCAGGUAAUUGGCAGGGUGUUUUUUUUUUCUAUUGGAUUGUAGAUUUAUAAGUGUAAUGUAAAUUUAUUCAUCACAUUAUUGUACUCUGCAGCAGUAAAACAGUAAAUAAAAAGGAAUAUAGAUAAAGCAUUAACUACAGAGCAAGCAUGAAACAAGCCAAACACAGAUCCUGUGUUUUUGUUUUAUUUCAUAAAUUCCUUUUGAUUUUUUUUCCAUUUUUCUUUUCAAAUGUGAAUGUUCACAGUCAUCACCACACAAAAUUCAACCUUACCCGAUAAAAGAGAUAUUUUCUUGUUGAUAUAAAAUAACAAUAAAUUCAUCAAACUAAAUUAAAAGAACAGCAUGGA